AUGGAGCGGGAAUAUUAUCCGACAGACUCCCUCCCAGCCUGGCUACAUCUCAAUGGAGUGACUGCGAGUGGAGUUGCAUUUCAAAAGGUUGGCUCGGUUGAAAAUGACACAGACAAGGGCAAUGCCAUCGUCGCAACAGAAGCCAAGACCAGCAAGGAAAGUGAUACACAGCCGGAGAUCCUCCUGCGAGUGCCAUCCGAUCUAGUCCUAUCGCUAGAAGCUGUGCAUGGCUAUGCCAAGUCCGAUGAGAAAUUGCGCCAGGUAUUGGAGGCAGUUGGUGGAUUCGGCACGACAGCGAGGGGCUCGAUCAUGAUAUACAUUCUUUUCCAGAUAUCGCAUUCAAGUCCAGACGUGCCUUUGCAUAUCGGUGUAUCGAGCCCAUGGACAGAUUACGUCAAGUUUCUUCCUUCAUCAUUUUCCUUGCCCACUUUCUACUCUUCCGAGGAGCUGGAACUGCUGAGGGGAACGUCGCUGGAGAUCGCAGUUGGAGAAAAAGCCGCAUCUCUAGAGCGGGAAUUUGAGCAUUUCCGUCACUCUACAGAAGGCAUUAACUGGUGUCAAGUAUGUUGGUGGAAUAAAGAAUCCAAAAUGUUGUCUAUGGACGACUGGCGAUAUCUUGAUGCUGCUUAUCGGUCUCGAAUGGUUGAUUUGCCAGGGUGUGGACAUUCGAUGGUCCCCUGCAUUGAUAUGGCGAAUCAUGUGGCAGGUCCGGACGCGAAAGCACUUUAUGAUGUUGAUUCGGAUGGAAAUGCUAUUCUCCAGUUGCGUUGGGGCCAGAGUCUACAGCCGGGUGAUGAGGUGACUAUUUCGUACGGCGAUGAAAAAUCUGCCUCUGAAAUCCUGUUCUCAUAUGGUUUUCUGGACGAGGAUCAGUCCGAAGCGAAGCAAGUCGUCUUGGAUUUGUCUCUUCCUGAUGAUGACCCCCUAGGAGUUGCUAAGAAUAUGUUCUGCCGAAGCACCCCUGGACUUAAGCUCUCUACAGAACACGGCUCAGACCAAGGUGCGUCGGCGGCAUCAUCGAAUAUCAGCUGGGACAGCCCACUUGUAUGGUGGGCAAGCGUGAACGAAGAAGACGGUCUAUAUAUUGGCGUCGCUCAAAGGACCGAUGGGACAAAAGAACUCGAAGCAACCUGGAAAGGCGAAAAGGUUCAGUCCCCUGAUCAGCUUCAAGGACUUCUGGCAGCCGAUCCGUCAUGGGAAAUCUUCAAGUUGCGAGCUGUAGUGCUGGUCCUUGAACGAGCGGAAACUCAAAUUUCGCAGCUUCAUCAGAUAGAGCAAAUACUGGAAAACCUCCGUGGGAACGAGGAUCUUUUCAAGACGCUUUUCAGACCUGAAGUCUUGGGCUUGGUCUCUCGCUUACGGAAACUUGAAGGGGCUCUGUUGCAAAGAGCUAUUGAAAGUCUCAUCGAGCAGAGAACCAAGCUGUUGGAAUCGGAAACUGUACUAGCCUACCUCACCAAGCAAUCCCAAACAGAGGAGGUGGAAGACUUUUCAUAA